CAUUUGCAUCGUCUCCGUUUGUCUGUCAUCAUGCACCUAUUUUCCUUCUUAGCUAAUACGGUAAGCUUCUCUGAGAAAGCUUUCAUUGGGUUCUGUAAACCAAUAUAUUAUGUUGAUGCCUUCUGCUUUAUAUGCAUCUGUGGAUAAAUACCUUCAUGGUUUGUUUGGCCUUGCUAAUGACCCUGCAGCAGAAGUGCGGAAAUUGGUUUGUGCAGCAUUUGUUCAGCUAAUUGAAGUCCGUCCAUCUGUUCUGGAGCCACAUAUGAAGAAUGUAAUUGAAUAUAUGUUGCAAGUAAAUAAGGACACUGAUGAUGAGGUGGCACUUGAAGCAUGUGAAUUUUGGGAUCAGUCAUUCAUGGAACAAUUUGGAUGUCGACUAAACAGACUCUCUUUUAAAGUUCCAAAGACAAAAUGGCAUUUUAGGGUUUCAACCUCUGGCAAUUCAUAUACAUAUAUAUAUGGUGCAGGGAAUAGUUUUGGAACAAGACAACAUAGACCCUAUGGUAUGUCCAGUAGUAAUUUGUAGUUGUCCCCAUCCCAU